AACAUGGCGGCGUUCGUGCGGCGCGUGGCCUGUCGUAUCUUGUCGGUGGAUUCUAGAACAAUCCUGACAGUUAAAGAAAAUCCGUGCAGAGACUUGAGGAGGUACGUGCGAGCGCUGAGGCGCAAACCCGUGAGAGUCCUGUUUCCAGACGGCGAGGGUGAGAAGGCGAAGCCGCAGAAACAAAAACAGAAACGAGACGAGAGGAGCGCUGAGCCUGAGGCGGCUGAGCAGCGAGCGGAAUUAUUAUCCGCCGGCGGACGUCCCAGGAGAAGCGGCUCGGACUCACAGCCGAGAGCGGAGGCUCCCGAGAAAGCAGAAGCGAGCCGAAGGAGCGGUCCGCCGACUACGGCCGCACAUGAGAUGGAACUGCUGCUGGAUGGAGGACUGCGCUAUGAAAGGGCCCACGCGGGGGACAGGAGACUCGGGAGGGCAGUGAGUAUGGCUCGCUCUAGGAAGUACCGCGAGCAGCAAGGCAAGGUGCUGCUGGAGGGGCGGCGGCUGAUCUGUGACGCACUGCUUGCGGGCGCCGUCCCCCACACGCUCUUCUUCAGCAGCAUGGAUCAGCUGCGUGAGCUACCCCUGGAUAAAGUCCGCCGCGCCAGCCUGGUCAAGGUGAAAUUUGAAGAUAUUCAGAUGUGGUCCGACCUUGUGACCCCACAAGGAGUAAUAGCUAUAUUCUUGCGGCCGGAUGCAUUGCGGCUAACUUUCCCUCAGGACAGGCGUGGUCAUGCUGUGCCCUUGUCCCUCAUCUGUGACAACGUGCGUGACCCGGGGAACCUGGGCACCAUUCUGCGUUGUGCUGCUGCGGUGGGAUGCCACAAUGUGCUGCUCACUAAAGGGUGUGUGGAUGUGUGGGAACCCAAGGUGCUGCGAGCUGCAGUGGGGGCCCACUUUCGUGUUCCCAUCUUUCCCAGCUUACAAUGGGACGAUGUUCCCAGGCACCUCCCAGCUGAGGUCACCGUUCACCUGGCUGAUCACUGUAGCAUCACAGAUGACAGCCAUAGGGCCUUGAGGGAAGUGGGGCUGCCCAAAAACCACACCCCAGGAAAGGCAGAGAUAUAUGGCUGGGUGAGAAGUCGGCCUUGUUCCAGAGACACACCUCACAAGAACCAUCCUGAUGAUUGGGAUUCAGACUCUGACAGUGAGUCUGAUGAGGAUGGCGAUGAUAAAGGUGGGCCUAAGAUCUCUCUUCCAAAAGUGGAGACUCAGCUUUAUCAUGAAAGCUGGGCUGAGAAUCCCACAGCUCUUGUCAUUGGUGGGGAGACCCACGGGCUCAGUCUGGAGGCCCUCCACUUGGCUGAGAGAACAGAUGGUCGGAGGCUAUUUGUCCCCAUGGUUCCAGGGGUGGACAGCUUGAACUCUGCCAUGGCUGCCAGCAUUCUCCUAUUUGAGGGCAGGAGACAGCUGCUGCUGUCAGUCCAACGCUUUAACAGUGACAUCCAUUCAAAAACAGAGUGAUGUUCACUUAUGAUCCUGUGCAUAUUUUGUCCAUUUUCUCAUGUGUUUUGGUAACAUAAAUAUGCUUUUUUUAACCAUCCUGGAAGUCACUGUAUUUCUUGGACAAUCCCAUGCUGCUGUCCCUACUGCUAGGACUCUUUGUGGUGUGUGUUUCCUCUUCAGGGGUUUAGCCCUUAUUGGUACCAAAUGGAGUCCAGUAACUGGGCCAUCUGAUGGCAUUCAGAUGUUUUACUCUGAUGGAUUCCAGAUUUCCUUUCAACCCCCACAAAACACACAGCAGAUUGUUCCGAGUGCCUUUUUUCCUCAGUCAUCA